GCCGAAUGCAGACGCAGUGUUUUUGUAGAUGCAGGCAAAGGUAAGGGAAGGCAGAGAAAUUGAUAGGAGACGAAUCUUGUCCCUGUAAUGUGACGUUUCUAAUGUCGUGGUUCGGUUUUGGAUUCAACGGGUUUGGGCAAAUAAUACCCCGAGCCAGAGCCAAUGUUGGAGUAAAGGUGCUGUUUCCGGAAAGACUCGAGAGUUGCAACUGUGAUGUCGGGCAGACUCGGGUCACUCGGACCGAGAAAGAUGAACGAUUACCUGGGGAACACUGCUGCACUGAGAUCCGGGCGACAUGGAGCAGACGAGCAGUCGUGCACCGGCAGACAGGUGAUGUCUGCAUCUCUGGGUUUGUGACUAGUCCGUCCAAUCAGAAUGCCUGCACCCACGUUCCAGCCACCAAGGGCUGCCAGGAUGCUCUGAUUGGAGAGCGGUACCUGACUGCGUCCUUCACUGACAAAAUAGAAUGCUGGGAUAUUGGAGGACUAGGCAGUCAGCCUGUCUGGAGGAUGGAGCUAACCAAAACUGAUACAGCAGCACUGCCCCUGGCUCCCGGGGGAUAUGCCUUUCCGAAGACACCCUUCUAUCGGGCCCUCGCUCCACAGAUCUGCGCCCGGAAGCUGGCCCUGGGUACGGAGCACGCUGUCCUGCUGAGUGCCGAUGGGACAGUGUACACCUGGGGCUCGGGGAGCCAUGGUCAGCUGGGUCACGGCAGUGUGGAGAGCCAGCUAGAGCCCCUGGCAGUGGAGGGGCUCAGAGGGCUGCCCAUGGGGGAUGUGGCAGCUGGGGGCUGGCAUUCCGUCUGCAUCAGCGCAGGGGGAGACCUGUAUGUGUGGGGCUGGAAUGAGGCUGGUCAGCUGGGGCUGCCCUCACGGUGCCUGAGAGCACAGGCGGAGCACGGCAGCGCUGGAGAAGCAGGAUGCGCCGUGGUACCUACAAGACAGGAAGCAGCUGUGACACAGGAAGGGGAGGGCUCAGAGGUGUUCAUUUCAAUCCAGGCUUUUCCUGCCCUGCUGGACUUGCCCGAGGAGUCAGAGAUGAAGAAGAUGAGCUGUGGGACACGGCAUACCGCAGCCGUCACGUGUGCUGGGGAUCUUUACACGUGGGGCUGGGGUGAUUAUGGGCAGUUGGGACACGGCACCCCCCGGAGCUCAGACCAGCCACUGCAUGUGGAGUAUUUUACAAAAGAAGGUCUCUGUGUUCUUGAUGUGGUGUGUGGUUCCUGGAACACUUUUGUAUUGGCCUCAGAGCGAGCCGUCUCAUUUGAAUAAUCCCCAGUGUCUUUUUAGUCCUCCAGUCACACCUCUCUGUUAUGGGAUAGGAUCUGUACUGUUAACCCGACACAGAUUUAAAAGGCUUCAGUAAAACAUCUGGAUGUGUACCAAGUACACUUUGAAAAGAAGUGAAAAUAGAUAUUUUUUACUGCAACUUGUAAUAGUACAGAGUACACCCGAGUUGCAGAGUUUUCUUUUCCUGCAUAAUAAAUCUUGAUGUACAGUUGCAUCAAUAUGGUUUUCCCAUGCUGAAUUCCAAACACACUGGACAGCAUAAAGACCAACCACAAGUCAUCUGUGCAAUCAAUGACAGGAGCAUUUUUCUAUUACUAACAGAAACAACUCAUCCCUUCUUUGUGUACUCAUGCAGUUAUGCAAUAACAGACAAAGCAUUUAAGGAAGUAAGUAACUUUUAUUGAUUAAAAGAGUAUUAUGUUUUUAUUUCUAUUGUAUAAAAAUGCUUCUUCCGUCAGUAUAACUACAUUUAACUAAAAAAUAUCAAACAUUUU